AUGAAAGUUAAUGAAAAUAAUGACAAGUCAUUUCAUUCAGCUUCAAUUCAAAAAGCAUCUUCUAUGUUAAAUAUGAUUGAAGAUCUCAAUAAUUAACAAACUCAAAAUAAAUAAACAAUUGAGCCAAAAAUCAAUAAAGUAAUUGAACCUCAACCUAUAAUAUCUUCUUAAAUUGCUAGGGAAGUGGAAGAAUUGGAAUAGACAUAUAAGCGUUAGUAAUUUAAAGGCAUUUAACAUAUAGGGACAAAAAAUUCUUAUAUGAAAUAUAUGGCAUUUUAUUAUUGGAGUUAAUCUUAUCAUCUUUGAGAGGUCCACUAUAUUUGACAAUGCAUAAAAGUCCAAUCAUAAGAACAGCUUGGAGAUAAGGAUUUACUGCUUUAAUCUAUAUUCCCAUAAGUAUUUAUGAAUUGAAAAACAACAAAAAUUGCAUCAUUUCCUUCAAAGGUUAAGAAUUUAAUUUAUUAAUGGCGUCAGUAACAUAGGCAGUAUGAUUUAAUCAGUUAUUAUUAGAUAUUUGCUGUAUCAUUGUCAAUAUCUGUAACUCACACCCAUGUCUCACAUGCCCUUAUGUUUUAUAAUAGUUCAUUGCUAAUUUAUUGUGGAACAAAAAUCAUAUUAAAGUAAUAUUGCCAUAUUCUGGAAUAUUUUGGAUUUGGAGUUGCUUUGAUCUUAUUAAUGGUUAUCUUUACUAACAUAGGCUACACAUUUUAUUCAAAACAAGAUGUUUCAAUAUGGGAUAAAAUUAUAUUUGGAGAUUUAACAGCACUUUUUGGAGGAGGAGUUUCUACUUUAUAUUAGUAAUAUUUAAUAAUAAGUUAGUGCAAAAUAUUACUCAAAAAUUACUUAGUGUUGUCCUACUUUUACAUUAUUUUCAAUAAUUAGAGCACUGAGCACUAUUGUAUUGAUAAUUAUGACAUUUACAUUUGAUAAUUAGCACAAUUUCUUUGACUUCUUAGAACCAGUUCUUUUUAUACAAAUAUUUUUUAAUGCCUUAUUCACUGGUGUUUUGAUGAAUUAAUUAUAAUCCUAUGUACAAUUAUUUGUUGAUCCAUUAACAUAUAAUUCAGCAAACUUUUUUUAGCCACUUUUUGGAAGCAUCUUUUCUUAUUUAUUAGGCCAAGUAUUCAAAUAAUAAAUUUCAUUAGGAGUCUUUGCCAGGCUCAGUAUCCAUUGCUUGCAUGAUUCUUUACAGUAUUGGUUUAUUAUUUAUAUAAAUUGGGCGAUCAAAGUCUGAAACUGAAGAUCUAAACCUGGAUAUUGAACUCAGAUAACUAGACACUGUUUAUUUUGAAAACAACCCUUUACUUUCAUUAUUUUAAUCUACUCAUAGGGAUAGAGAAGAUUAACUGAAGAUAUCACUUUAUAAAAGGUCAAUCAUUUAAAGAUAAACCAUUUAAAGACAACCGACAAAAUAAUUUGUUGAUUAUAGUAUGGAUUAAUGA